AUGAGGUGAGGAAUCUGUGUUCACCGACAGUCCGUGAAGGCAUCGUGGACGGCGGCGGCCCCGCCGACGUUGCAGUCACGUGACGAGGUGGAGAGAAACAAACAUGGCGCCGCGAAAGUAAGGAAAAGUGCUGGGUGAGUGUUUGUGAGCGGAGCGCUGGCCUUCAACCGCCGCCUCAGCCGCUCGGAGUGCCGGGCAGGAGCGGCAGGCCGACCCGCUCUCUAGCGUCACGGUUUAGUUGCGGGAAAACCGAAAAGCGCCAACUUUUAACGGCCUCUUUUCGCUGACUCGUGUGGUCAGCUUGUUUCCAUAUCAACCGCUGCCCUCGCGCCGUGUGAGCUAACGUUACGUCCAGUGUGCGAUGUUUCAGGCCGCUCACGCGCCUCUGUUUGUUUUUGUGUUAACGCAGAGGGCAGUUUGUUCAGGCCCCACCGCAGGACAGAUGAGAGGAGGGCGGAGAAGAGGAGGAGGAGACCCACCAUCGUCAGGUGAAGCAGUUACUCAGGAACAGAGCAAGAUGGCGCUGAGGAAGCAAAAGCUCAUGGAUGUGGCCUCUGAGAGCCAGAAGGAGGAGGACUCGCAGGAGGACGAAGCUGCAGACGAGCAGGACGAGCUCUCGACGUCGCUGCUCGCCACGUCAAUGGCGAGGGAGAAACGGCAGAGGGAGAGCAAAUCCAAGCCUAAAGAGAUGUCCGAGGAGGAGAUGAUGGACUUGGCUCUGCGCCUGAGCGAACAGGAAGCCAGCGCCACGGCGCUCAGACGGCAGCAAGAGGAGGAGGAGGCCAUGAUGAGGGCCAUCAAGGAGAGCAUGGUCGGGCAGACGCAGGCGUGCCGGACCCCCAAGAGUCCAUCUCAGCCCGCCGACGUUUCCCUCAGGCUCUGCUCCCGCCGCAAACUAGCGUACUCGAACGGGAAGACAACGCUCGCCAUCGAUCGAGGAGCCUCAGAGGACGGCUGCCUUCAAGCCGGAUCUGGAGACGGUGACAACGGGAGUUUAAAGAGGAAGAGGAAAGCGGGGAGUCCUCUGCCGGAGAUGCCAGACUUGUCGCAGACUCGGGUCUACUCUCAGGCGUCUCCCUGCAGCUCCGAGUCUCUGCCGGCUCUCCCCGACUCGCCGCAGAGCUCCGACUCCACGCAGAUCGAGGACUCACAGCCGCAUCGGUCUCCCGUCUUUCCACUGACGGGCUGCCGGGCGGAGGUCCGCAUCGGCCGGCUGAGCCAGGACCUGCUGGACACCUGCAGGAGCUCCGGGUUCGUGUUGUGCUCUCAGAAUGGUUCGAACGCCACCCAAAAGUCCCCUCGUCCCGAGAGCCCGACGUUCCCUGGAAGCGACGUUGCCUCAUGUCCCAAAAGCCCCGCCCUGUCUGGUACAGAUCCCGACAACAGUGACGAGAUUGAGCCGAGCCCCGAGUUCGCUAAAAGCCCCGUGUUUGGCAGGAACGCUCAGCACGAGAGGUCGCCGAGCGCCCGCAGAGCCCAAGACGCCGUGCGCAGCCAAGACGGUGAAAACUCAGGAUUCACGUUUUCUUCUCAGGACAGUUUAACCUCCUCCGCGAGACCCCCGUCCCCCGUGUUCCCACGAAGCCCCGGCAUUCCUCCAUCAGAACGGUUAGCAUUUCCAGAAAGUCCCAACAGAGGACAGGCCGAGCCGAGCCACGCCCACUCCGAGAGCCCCGUGUUCGGACUGCAGCAGCAGAGGUGCGAGAGUCCUCCAGCCAACAGGAAGGACGCUCAGAGUCGAUUGGACGGGCUGAAAGCGUCCGAGUCAGACGAGCUGAGCGGGCGGGCCGAAGCCCCGGACCCGGCCGAGAGUCAGCUGACCAGCGAUAUGACGCUAGUCUGGUCUGACGGGGACGAGGACGUCACGCCGACCGGCUCUCCCAGCCCCGUCUUCCCAGAGGAGACGUCCGUUCAUCAGGCGGAGAGCCCGGCGGCCUCCCUGAACCACGUGGCUGCUUCUUCAGGGGCGACUGGAUCAAACUGCAGACGAACUUCAUCUGAAACUUCUUCCAAGUCCGGCACAGAGGCGCCGCGGCCUGAUCGUAGCAGGACGCUCUCCUCUGUCGGCUCUGGAGAGUCCGCCGACUCCACCGCGGUUCACUACUACUGGGGCAUUCCCUUCUGCCCGCGAGGCCUCGACCCGGACACGUACACGCAGGUGAUCGUGGCUCAGAUGGAGGUUUACGAGAAGAGUCUGAAACGGGCUCAGCGGCACUCUUUUCUCUGUUUUUGUUGCUUUUUAUUGCAGGACGCUCAGAGUCGAUUGGACGGGCUGAAAGCAUCCGAGUCAGACGAGCUGAGCGGGCGGGCCGAAGCUCCGGACCCGGCCGAGAGUCAGCUGACCAGCGAUAUGACGCUAGUCUGGUCUGACGGGGACGAGGACGUCACGCCGACCGGCUCUCCCAGCCCCGUCUUCCCAGAGGAGACGUCCGUUCAUCAGGCGGAGAGCCCGGCGGCCUCCCUGAACCAUGUGGCUGCUUCUUCAGGGGCGACUGGAUCAAACUGCAGACGAACUUCACCUGAAACUUCUUCCAAGUCCGGCACAGAGGCGCCGCGGCCUGAUCGCAGCAGGACGCUCUCCUCUGUCGGCUCUGGAGAGUCCACCGACUCCACCGCGGUUCACUACUACUGGGGCGUUCCCUUCUGCCCGCGAGGCCUCGACCCGGACACGUACACGCAGGUGAUCGUGGCUCAGAUGGAGGUUUACGAGAAGAGUCUGAAACGGGCUCAGCGGCGUCUGCUGAGGAAGGCGGAGUGGGGCGAGGCCGUCCUGCCGAGCGAGCCACAGGUGGAGGAGGUGGAGGCCGACGCUCCAACAGGUGAGAAGAUGGAGGCGGACGUCCCCGUCAGCAGCAGCGAGGGCGGCGCCGGUCAGCCUGCGAGCAGGGAGGAGGUGCAGGAGGACGGAGGGGAUCCAGAUGUGGAGGAGAUAAAGGACCAAGCGCCGUCGCCUGGGCCGGAGCCGGCCGUCGUCCCCCGCAGCCCCGAGACCGCCGUCGACUGCCCGCUCUGCCAAGCGUCCUUCCCCGCGAGCAGGAUCGAGAUGCACGCCGCGUACUGCGACGGCGAGGUGGCAGUCGUGGAGGAGAGGAGGCCCAAGGUCGACUACAUACAAGUGUCACGGAAGACUCAGAGGAAGAGAACACACAGAGCGAACGCCGAAGAUACAAAUGAUGGUGCUGACGUUGGCAGGAACCAGGAGAAGUGCUACAUCUGUCAGAGAGCCGUGCCUCUGAAGGACUACAGCCGACACACCGAGCUCUGCAUCCAGCGCCACGGAUCCAAGACUGCAGCUAGGGGAAAUCUGCUGCUGGCUCUGGAUCAGACGGAGAGCAGAGACUCGGAUGCUGGCCCGUCUGGAUCCAAAGUCCUGCCCGGUGAUGUCAUCGAUCUGCGGGAUGAUGAUGAUGACGAGGAGGAAGUGUCAGCAUUCAGGGUCAGUAACUCUCCCAUCAGGUCCUUCACACCUAUCUCAGAAGCCGCCGACUGCCUUAUCGACUUCAAGAAACAGCAGCGAGCCAAGAAGCCGUACCAAAGACGCCGAUGAGGGCGGAGCCUUAACCGGAGCCCACAGCGGGCUGAAGGACAUUUCUGCAGAUCGAACUUUUGAGUGCUGAAAGUGCGUCGGGCUGACGCUGAAGAUGUCUCAGUCUACCUCUUCAUGGACAUUUCCUUUAUGUUACUGUAGCUUCGCUCAAACAUGAAAUGAAAUUAAAUGUUGGAUUUUCUGCCUUUGA